AUGACGAUACUACUCUGGAGUUCGUCGACAAUAUUGAUAUCAAUAAUACUGAUAUCGACUUUACGUCUGAUGACAGUAGUAGCCGGUUCCAAAUUUACUGCAUUUACGUUGGACUAUAUGAGAAAAGUUGUAGAUUUUGCUCGGCCGGGUAUCGCAUUCACAACAGUACAACGUGAAUUUCCACGCGUAAAAUAUCCAAUGCAAUUAGCACGAUUUCGAGCAGAUGUGGAAAACGAUGGAAAUCGUCGACAAAAACUAUCUCGCCUUGAAUUGUCUGUUCUUGAAAAGUUUAAACAAGCACGCGAUACAAAUUUGCCGGUUCACGAUACAGACAUCCGACGAUGGUCAUUAACUCAAGCUGCAGUGGAAGGUAUCGAUAAUUUCCUCGCUAGCGAUAAAUGGUUGUCGAAUUUUAAACGACGAAAUAACAUCGGCUCUAGGAAAGUCACGAAAUUUGUUGCAAAACAUAAGAUUUUUCAUAAACAAGAAAUUCACCAAGCCGGCGAAGAGUUCGUUAGUGAAGUUAAAAAGAUCUUACCGAAGUACAAGCUUGAAUGUAUUUUUAAUAUUGAUCAAUCAGGUUUUCAUUACGAAUUUACAUCAAAUCGUACUUUAUCUUUUCGAAAUGAAAGAUCGACGUUUGUCACCGUUAAAUCACUCAACGCCACCACACAUUCGUAUACGGUAAUGCCACUUGUCAAUGCUGCUGGUCGACUCGUUAGUCCUGUUUUCAUCUGUUUGCAAGAACCUACGUGUCGUUUUCCGGUAACAAAAGACGUGUUUUCAACUUCGAACGUGAUCGUCACCUGCAGUAUAUCUGGUAAAUUAAAUAAAUCGUUGAUGGAGUAUUGGAUCCAGGAAGUCCUCGACGAUGUCACGAACAAACGGGUUUCUUCUAUUAGUCGAUCAAUGGUCCAUUCAAACCGAUAUUUCUAUUUAUGA